AUGUAAAAAAUUGAUGUUGUGAAAAUUGCAGAUUUCGGAUAUAGCACAGUUUGUGGAAAAAAAGAUUCUAAAAAAACUUAUUGUGGAACUCUUGAUUAUAUGAGUCCAGAAAUUGUCAAAGGAGAAAAAUACAAUAAGUAAGUUGAUAUGUGGGCUUUUGGAGUAUUAGCUUAUGAAAUUCUUUAAGGAGUAACUCCUUUUUAUGAAAGAAGUAGAAAAGGAACUCUUUAGAAAAUAGAAAAAGGAUAGUUUAAUUUUACUAAGGAUAUUAGUGAUGAUGCUAAAAACUUUGUUUCUUGUUUACUUAAUGUUAGUUCUGUAAAUAGAUAAAGUAUUAAAUAAUAAAUAAAGCAUUAGUGGAUUAAUUAAAAAAAUAUGGCAUAUUAAUAAAAAAUAGUAUAUGAUAUAGAUUUAAAAGUUAUUAAUAUUUUAAUGAAUAAAGAAGAUUGA